AUGGCACCCAUCACAGUCGUCAAGGGCCGUCAAUCGGGCACCCCAAGUCCCAGCACAAAAUCAGAUCCAGACCCAAACACACAGAAUCAAGAAUCCUCCUUCACCCAAAUCCCAGACGAAGAUCUCGAAGCUAUCGGCCGACACUGUAAGUUCGAAUACUGCAACCAGCUUGACUUCCUCCCCUUCCGAUGCGAAUCCUGCCGGAGAACAUUCUGUCUCGAACACCGCACAGAAACAGCACACAAAUGCCCACAGGCAGGCGAGUGGGCCCGACGAAGACGUAACCAGAAUGCGGGGAUUGGAGGUAAUCUGUCAUCAUCAUUGACGCAGAGACCAACCAUCUAUAAUACCGAUCAAUGCGCUCAUCUCUCCUGCAAGACCCUCAUCAAUACUCUCAAGGAUCCCGCCGUGCGCUGUCCCAACUGUAAUCGGCAGUAUUGUCUGAAACACAGGUUACAGGAGGAACAUGACUGCGCGAAGGUCGUGCCGUUGGGCGGGCAAGGGCAAGGGCAACAAAGUGCGAAUGCAAGUGAGACGAUACGAUCUAUGUUCGCCAAGGUACGAACAUGGGGGAAGGAUAAAAUACCGACGACGGGUGGAGGGACGUUGUCGAAUGGGUUCAAGGGCAAAUCGUCCACUUCAGGUGUGGGAGGUUUGAAUGCGCUCAAGAGGACCGCGAAAGGCGAUCCCGCUAUUGUGGCUGAUAAGCGACUGUAUCUGCAUGUGGUGGGGUCGUCGGAUACUCAGAAGACGGAACCUCCGACCGGGGAUUUCUUCUUCGAUUCCCGUUGGAAAGUGGGGAGGGUGCUUGAUGAGGCUGCAAGGAGAUUGCAUGUUGAGAAUCUGAAUAAUCGCGGUGGAGGGGAGGAAGAGCGGUUGCGUGUAUUCCAUGUCGAGUCUGGUGAAUUCCUGGAGUUCUCGGAGAGCAUUGGAGGAGGCAAGGUGAAGCAGGGCCAUACGCUUGUUUUGCUGCGAGGGGCGGGAGUAUUGUUGGGAAAAUCCUGA